AUGAAUCAUGAGACUUUAGAACAGCAAUCUGCUCCUGAAAGCACAAGAGGCUUGUUUGAUGUGCCAGAGAUGCCAUCCAGAAGCUUCUCUGACAAGCGCCGUACAUUUCACGGCUUGAGCGCCAAUCAGCUGGAUAACAGCAAUAGGAACAGGCAGCCUGUAUCUAUGAUGCCCUCGCCCCGCCAUCAGAGAUCUCGCUCGACUGUGAAUUCAGAGAUCGUAGUAUCCUCAUCCAAAUCCACAAACUCGCUCUUGAAUGCCAACAGCAACAGUAACAGCAGCAAGAACAGAAGAAGUUUUGUUGGGCUACAUACCCUCAAGGAAGAAAUGACGGUGGACAAUUUGCAAGACAUGAUCAACACACUCAAGACACUGCCUCCUAUCAUUUCGCCCACGCCUGCUACUACUACCAGCAGCAGUAGAUUGGAAAGAAGAACCAGCGAUGAAAAUAUUUUCUUGUCAAGGGAAGCUGCUCUAGCCGAAGCCGAGGCUAAGCUGAUGGGCACCUUCAACAGGCGUGACGAUACCAACAACAGCAUCAAGAAGCGUGCCUCGCUCCAGCAACUGCCUGUACUGAACGAAAAUGGCGAAGCGUUUGUCAUGGAUCACAGCAACAUCAACAAGAGAACUUCCAUGAACAGUAAGUCUUUGAGCUUAUCGCUCAACGGUGGCAGUGGAGGUGGUAAUUCGGAUAACAGAAAAUCCAUGAAUCGCCGCUCAUCUCGCAACUUUGAUGAGUGGAGAAACAGCAACGCUUCUAUCAAUAGCAACGCAAAUGCUAGUAACAGAUCAUCAUUUUCUCUUGUACCCUUCACACCUACUCGUGUCAAUUUCUCCCGAGAUGAUGCUAAUCCUCACCAACGUCGACCUCUGUUCAUUGCUCAUUUGCCCUUCUCCGCUUUAACACCUCUGUUCAGAGCGAGACAAUUGGUACGUGGUAUCUUGCGUGUGAACAAGCGAAACCGUAGUGAUGCAUACGUUUCUUGCGAUGAAUUGGAUGGCGGCGAUAUUUAUAUUUGUGGCUCCCGCGACCGUAACAGAGCAUUGGAAGGCGAUGUGGUGGCUGUGCGUCUGGUCAAUGUUGAGAAAGUGAUCCGCGAGAAGCAGGAAAAGGAAGAUGCCAAGCUUGCCAGAAAUCAUGGUCAAGCCAAGACUCGUUUACCCGAUGAGGAGGACGAGAACGAAAUUGUAUUUGGUGGCGACGAGGAGAUCGAUGCGGUGAAGCCCAAAUAUGCCGGUGUAGUCGUCGCUAUCUUGGAGAGAGCUCAAAAUCAAGUCUUUUCAGGUACCUUGACGUUAAUGAGACCCAACAACAAGAGAGCCGCCUUGCAACAACAAGAAGAAGAGGAGAGUGGUAAAAAGGAGGCGCCUCGUAUCGUUUGGUUCAAGGCUACAGAUAAGCGUGUGCCUUUGAUCGCCAUCCCUAUCGAACAAGUACCUCAAGAUUUCAUCGAGAAUAACGAGAGUUACAAGAAUCGUCUCUUUGUUGGAUCCAUCAAGCGUUGGCCCAUCACCUCAUUGCAUCCCUUUGGUACUUUGGAGAGAGAGUUGGGUAUUCUCACUGAUUUGGAUGUGCAGAUCAAGGCUAUUCUUGCAGACAACAAUGUAUCCGAUGUGCCUUUUACUGAUGCUGUCAUGGAGUGUGUUCCUCCCAGUCCGUUCCAGUUCACGCCUCCUCAAGAUGGCAGUCGCCGUGAUUUGACAGUGGACCAACAUCGUAUGAUUACGAUUGACCCUGCUGGUAGUACAAUCUUUGAAGACGGUUUAUCUAUUGUUCGUCUCGGUGAUGACACAUUUGAAGUGGGUGUCCAUGUAGCUGAUAUUUCUUAUUUCAUCAAACCCCAUUCACCGUUGGACAAAGAGGCUAGAGCAAGAGCGGUUCGUGUAACUCUUGACCAAAAGGAGGUACCCAUGCUACCCACUGAAUUAUCAGAUGUUGCCAAUUUCACGUUAAAUGAACUCAAACCGGCUUUCUCUGUCAUCUGGAAGCUCAGCUCGGACGGUAUGUUGUUGGAUACAUGGUUUGGAAAAACGGUUGUCAAGUCCAGCGCCCAACUGACAUAUGAAGAUGCUCAACGAAUGAUUGAUGGUGAUGAGAACAAUGAUAUCGACAACGACGUUCGCCUGUUGUACAGCAUUGCCCAAUGUCUUUUCAAAGCAAGAUAUACCAAAGAUGCCAUGUCUCUCUCCAGACAAAAUCUUACAUUCGAUGAUCCCAAUCAACCUACUCAAGUGACCAUUUCAAACUCAAGACCUGACAUUGUUAAAAUCGUAAAAGAGUUCUUAUUCAUGGCCAACAAAUGCGUUGCUCAAAAGAUUUCAAGCCAAUACCCAGAACAAGCUUUAUUACGUCGUCAAGCACCACCUAAUAGUAGAAAGAUUCAUGAAUUGAGGGAUUAUGCUUUGCGCUAUUUAGGUGUUCAAUUAAACAUUUCAAAUGCCAUCUCUAUUCAAGAAUCAGUACAAGAGAUCCAAGAUGACGAACUUCGCCAACUAGUGUCUAUUUUGGUACUCAAGACAAUGCAACCACCCAAAUACUUUUGUACGGGUACAUUUGAUAUUCUCAAGUACUCUCAUUUCGCUACUGGAGUUCCUCUCUUCACUCAUUUCACUGCACCUCUGCGUCGCUAUGCAGAUAUCGUCGUUCAUCGUCAACUGGAAUCUGCAUUGACUGGUGACAAACACUUUUACUUGGACCGUGAUACAGUGCAAAAGCUUGCUCAACACUGCAAUGUAAAGAAAGAAGCCAGCUUAGCAGCCCGUGAACAAAGCAAACUACUAUCACUUGCUUUAUAUUUUGUGCACAAGGACUCACAGCUACCUCAAGUCAACCAACACCAAGCUGUCGUUACAGGCACUCAAGUUACUACUACAGUCUACGGCGAGGCUCGUGUCAUUGCUGUCAUGGAGGAUUACUUUGAUGUAUCUUUGCCCGAGUUCGGCAUGGAAAGACGUAUUCAUUUAGCCAAUUUACCCUUGUGGCGCCAUCAAUACGAUUCCCAGGAUCGUGCUUUAACCAUGUUCUGGAAGCAAGGUGUCAUCCCCUCCACAGGCUUACAACAACAAUGGAGUCUUUCAGACGAUGAAUACGAGGAAGAAGAAUUAUUAUCGACAUACCCUGAACAAUCUCAAUCCAACACAUCCACUAGCUCCACCAACAGCAGCAGUAAUUUGAGUUUAGAGAACAACAAGCAAUUUGAAGCCAUUGCUCUUGCAGCUGCCAAGGCUGGUAUCGUGUCUUCUCCUAACGGUGGCAGCAAAAAGUCUGCAACAAAGAGAGCUUCUAUUAUCAGCUCUCGUUUAUCUGCUAGCACAGGCUAUAGCUCAGAACAAUCAUCUCAAACAAUCAAGGCUCUGGAUAAGAUCAGAGUCAUGCUUACAAUCGAAAUGGUCAGAACACCUCCCUUGAUUCGUGUCUUUGCUGCUAACCCUUACGCUUAA